GCCCAGCCUGAGGUCAGUGGGACCUGAGCAGUGCUUUGGAGAGGGACACCUGUCACAUCGGAGGUCCCACGCAGACGUAAAGGAUGCCACUCUGGAUGUUCUUGGUGAUCCUCACCCUCACCAGCGCCUCCCAGUGCUCACUGACUCCCUCGCUUCCCUUCAGGAUGCGGCGCCACAUAGACGCCGUCUUCACCAACAACUACAGGAGAGUUCUGACCCAGAUGUAUGUCCGCAAAAUGCUCCAGGACAUCAUAAACCAGCAGCAGCAGAGCCAAAGGGAGAAGAACGAGAAACAAGGCAGCAGGCUCAGCCGUGAGGUAGACAGCACGUGGGAAGACAAGCAGAUAACACUGGAUAGCAUCUUGGUAGCCCUGAGGCAGAAGCACAGGGAUUCCUAAGGAUGAAGGCUUCAGCGGAUGCUUGAGCCCCCUGGCCCCCAAACACAACAAGUAACUUCUACUUCACCUCUGACCUUUUUCUGCCUCUGUAAAUAGAAUAAAACCCUCCAUCCU